AUGGAGUACCUAAUCCGCCCAGUACUCGCCCUGGAGGGGGAGCACGGUGUGUCGCUGCACGGGGAGCGGAUAAGUGUUUUGGCCUAUGCUGAUGACCUGGCCAUCGUGGCUAGGUCGGAGGCCUCGCUCCAGGCCAUGCUGAAUUCCAUUUCUUCGGCGGCGACCUGGGUCGGCCUCAGGUUUAAGCCUGAGAAGUGCGCGACACUCCAUGUCGCCAGCAGAACCGUGAGGCCGACCGCGUUCACCAUCUACGGCUCUCCCCUUCGUGUCCUUGAGGAUGGAGACACGUAUGACCAUCUUGGUGUGCCCACUGGAAUGAGAGUUGACCAGACACCAGUGGCCACCAUUGCCAGACUGGAAGAGGAGACCGCUAAGAUUUUUACCAGUGAGCUCGCGCCAUGGCAGAAGUUGGACGCGGUCAGGACUUUCAUAGUCCCCCAGCUGGACUUUAACCUCAGGACGGCGAGGGAUCAAGAAGACCUCCCUUAA